AUGCCGUUUCACCCUCUUCUGUCUCUGCUGUCUCGUCCGGCUGGCGCACUGGGCAGGCUGGAGUGCGCACUGGCAUCGGGCCUGCUGGCGAGCUGCCCCCCUUCUUCGUCCAACAGCGGCGCGGGCUGGGCCUGCGAGGCGCUGCCCGCGGGACUCCCGGGCUGGGCCGCCGGGUGGUGGCGCGGAGGCAAGCCGACAGCCUGCCCGUGCACGAUGGAGGUGCACGAGUGUCUCAGCUGGCGACCGGCAGCCAGGAGAGGCGGGAUGCAGGACAUCCUCGGAGGAGUUCCUUGGUGCCAGCAGGUGCCUCGGAGGAUUGGUCGACUGCCACUCGUGGUCUCGCGGUGA